AUGAGACCUGUUCACUAUGCAGCAUGGCAAGGAAAAUUAGAACCAGUGAGAUUACUACUACAGGCUGGAGCUAAUCCUAAUGAGAUGUCCUUAGAUUCAGAGACACCUCUACACCUUGCAUCACAGUAUGGUAGCUACUCAGUGGUUGAAGCAUUACUUCAGUAUGAUGCUGACCCAACUGCCAAGAACAAGCAAGGAAAGACACCUUUGGAUCUAGCAGCAGAAUUUGGGAAAGGGAGUGUGGCAGAGCUACUGCUGAAAGGAAGGCACUGCACCACUCUCAUAGCAAACACAUCACAUACAGGUGUUACCAUGCAUACACCUCUACACCUUGCGGCUAAGAAUGGCCAUAGUGAUGUCAUAAGAACCCUCAUUGAUGCCGGCAUUGACUUAAACAGAGAAACACCUAACGGGACAGCCCUUCAUGAAGCGGCGCUGGCAGGCAAAUCAGAAGUUGUCCGUUUAUUGAUUAUGAGUGGCAUUGAUGUACAUAAAAAGAAUUCCCACAGCCAAACAGCAUUAGACAUUGUCAAUAAAUUCACUCCAACAAGAGCUGCCCAGGAUAUUAAACAGAUACUAAGAGAAGCGAUAGGAGGCUGUCAAGCUCAAGCGAUCAAGGACUAUUCACGUAUCCAUGACAGGUCAGCCAUUUCGUUCAAGGCUGGGGACAUACUAACGGUAUUAGAGAGACAUCCUGAUGGGAGAUGGAAAGGAUCUAUUAUGAAAGGAGGUACAGAAUCUAUAGGGUACUUUCCUGGUGACUAUGUACAACUUAUCAGUAGACCGCCCUCUGGAGGUAAGAACAGAAUAAUUCACAUAUAAAAUGCAUAUUCUGAGAAGGAGUCUGUCACACUUUACAUUGAGAAUGAGAGCAAAGGUUGAAUAGAAGACGAUGGUUUAAUUGAAUGGUCUCGCUACUAUGCUAGUUAUGCCAUUCAUCUUAGAAUGAAUACUGUAAGGUUAUUUUGACACGUGGAAUUCGAGCUGUGUAAACUUUUCAAGAAUUCAACUUUCAAAGUAGGGAUUUUCCCUGUUAUUCAACGUUGUUGUUGAAUGGGAAGCAGAACUACAUUUUGUAAAGUGAACAAAGCAAAUAUUCUGCAAGUAAUUGUAAACAAGUGUAAAGGUUGCUGCUGCUGCAGCUGAUGGAGAUAAUGAUGAUGAUGAUGAUGAUAGGGUGAUGAUGAUGAUUAUGAUGAUGAUGAUGAUGACUGUGCUGAUGGUAGUGGCUUUGUGAUGAUUGACUGUUUUGUCACUGUUCAGAUACAACUCACCCUUAUUAUAAAGCAUACACUUGAAUAUAUUAGACCACAUUCUGAUUCUUACAGCAAGUUGAUGGUUUGUUAAAAAUAUGACAAAUAAUACAAAUAUUCCAGUAAAAAUGAGCAACAAUAGAUUAUACCCAAGUACUUGAAAUUAUCUUUGAUCACAUCUAUGAUGUGAAAUAGGACACUUACGCCUCUACUGUUACUUAGCCUGAUAAAAGAAAUUCUUAGAAGUUUGAUUUGACCUAUUUCUGAUGUGUUUGAAUGAAAGCUGAUCAUUUGUAAAGAAAAGGUGUAGGUGGAAAUUCUUCAGAAAAAAAAAUCAGGAAAUGCUUCUUUUCUUUGAUUUUUAUUUUGUUCAUGUUUUGUUUCUAUAGCGAUGGGUUGAGUUGAAACACUGGCACAGCUCAUUUGUACGAACAUGGAAACAUCCUUUUGUUUUUUUUUGUUCAAACUUCACACUUGUCAGCCAGUAUUUGUCGAUGGAAGCAUGCGUGCAUGCAUAGUCAUUGCGCUUGUUUGCUCAAGUUCAUGCCUGUACGCAUUCAUUAACGGAUCUGUGAAUGAGUAGGUGGUUGUCUACCUGUUUGUCUGCUUGAGUUAUCGUUCAUGCUAAUGUUGUGAUUGGCUUCAUUUGGAUCUUGCUCAUUCCUCGCCCCUGAAACCCAAACCUUUAGAAAGGUGAGAGGCACAUGCAUUUUAAAGUAAAAUAGGUGUAAGGUCUAUGAAUUUAUAUUAUACCUGCACCCAUUGGUGAUAGUAUGUUGGGAAAUUAUGAAAAAUAAAUAAAGUUGCUAUUUACAAAUAUUUUGACAAGAGUUUAUUUUAUUUGAAGGGAAAGAUUUCAUGAAAAUUUUGUUUAUAAUUGGAAUUGUUGAUAAGUGAAUAUUUGAAUUAUUUAACGGUGCAUUGAAUGUUCUUUAACUAUGUUUGAAAAACUGUUUUGUCUUAUGAUGUAAACAACUUGGGUUAAAAAGAAUCACUGGAUAGAAAUGAAAAGAUACUUAUCAAGAAAUCUCAGACAGGAGUAAUUGUUUCAGGAGUAAAUGCCUGGCCACCCUGGUACCACAUGGGAUUAUUUCACGAAGCAAAUAUUAGUUUGUACUGACUUGUUAUAAGCUACCAAAAUCCUUACAUCUGAUUGGCUCAGAGCAAGAUUGUCAGUGAAACACUUCUCCGGAAUAGGUGAAAUGGGCAGUUCCAAGGUUACGGAGUGGAAUUCAGAAACAAGUUUUUAGCAUUCAAACAAAGAUAUCACCCAUAUUUAAAUAGUCAUUCGCAAAGAAAUGGUACCUGACAGUAGUUGCUGAAACCCACUUUUCAAAAUAAUAACAUUUGUUAUUUUGAUCCACUGAAUUAAUGAGAUAUGAAUAUUCAUAAACAUGGUUACGGAGUGACGUAAAAUGGACAUGCAUAUUUAAGGAGAAAACAUAUUGCUCAAACUCUGUGAACUUUAAAUGGCUAUCACAAGUUAUUGAUUGGAUUCUAUGUUCUAGCUUUUUAUAUGCUGCAUUACAUUAAAAAAUUGGUGUAUUUUUUCAUUAAUUACAACUUAAAACAAAAACCCAUACCCGGUUACAGAGUGACGGUUACGGAGUGACAUCUGAAAUAUUCACACAGUGUUUUUAUGUAUGAUUUUUCUUUAUAAUCUUACCCAGGUCUUUGUAAUAAAAGAGGGUGAUUUUACUAGUGUAUUUUCUACCACUUACCAUCAUUGGGUUUCUAGAAUUCUAUUUAACAUAAUGAGAAUCGGGUCAUUUUGUUCAGGCAUGCAUUCUCUACUUUCUGAUCUACCAUUUUGUUUAUUUUAUUAAUUUUUAGAUCUCUAUCAUGUUAUUCCUGGUAUUGAGAAUGUGGGUCAUUAUAUUCAGGUUUAUAUUCAGUACCACCAUGUUGUGAUCUGAGCAUGGAGAUUUAUGACCUGAAGGAUCAUGCCAUAUUGACAUUCUCAACUGAUGAAAGAUGUUGGCUCCAAGCAAAGCAUGACAUAUGCGUGCACAGUUGAGAAAGUGGUUUGAAUGAUAUUUCUAUACAGUUCAUUCCCAGAGGUGGUAAAGAAAUUUACACUUAUAUUUGCAAUACAGCCUAAACUAUAUAAUUCACCUUGUUUGUGCAGUCAUAUUGUUGAAAAGAAAGUGUCAUUCAGUUUGAAAAAGAG